ACUUGAAAGAAGCGGGGCAUGCAGAAAAAGCUCCGCAAGACAACAGUGCAGCUGCUCGGGGUUUUGAGGCUACAGAGGCAGCGGAGCUUGUUGCGGAUUACAAUGAUUGCCACAACUCAACAAAACAUGACCACGGAGCUGGACCUGGGGAGUUCAGAUGGUCCUCCGCGGAACUGGAAGGGCAUAGGAAUCGCCAUGGUGGUGAUCCUGGCUGUCAUGUCUUUGGUUAUUCUCUCCGUCAUCGUCCUCACGCCUGAUGAAUCUCACAUGUUACUCCGUUCCCAUCUCACCAUGGAGGAUCUGGAGAGUGAAGAUUUCAAAGUUCAUGACCCCAGUGUGGCAUGGUUGAAUGAACACGAAGUGGCUCUCCGCACCAGAGAGGGACACGUCCUGUCAUUCAGCCUCAACAGCAAUCUCACCACUACCCUGUUGGACAACAGCUCCCUGGACCUGACCACUACUAAAUUCCAGGUGUCUGCAGACAAGAGGUUUGUCCUCUUGUCAUAUAACAUUAGACUGGUGUUCUCUCAGUCCUUCACAGCCUCCUAUGCUAUCUACAAUGUGGCUAAUGGGGAUCUGAUGGAGCUUAACCCACCAGAUAUGGAGAAGGCAGUGCUACAAUAUGCCUCCUGGGGGCCACAGGGGAACCAGCUGGUUUAUGUGUUUGACGGAGAUAUCUAUUACAAGCCGAGUGUGACCAGCAAACCCCUGCGUCUCACAUCUACUGACCAGGAGCAGAAUGUGGUGAACGGGCUCUCUGACUGGACUUAUGAGGAGGAGGUUCUCUUGACAUAUGUUGCCCACUGGUGGUCUAUGGACGGAGCCCGGCUGGCGUACCUCACCAUCAACAACUCUGCCACACCUGUGAUGGAAAUACCCCACUUCUUAGGUGGUCUCUACCCCUCCAAUGUGUUCUUCCCCUACCCCAAGGCCGGCUCAAGUAUCCCAUCAGUCAGUCUGUUUGUGGUGAAUCUGUAUGGUCCAGCUCACACUCUGGAGAUGAUGCCUCCUGACUCCCUCAGGACCAGAGACAGCUACAUCUCCAUGGUGACUUGGAUCAGCAGCACCCGCCUUGCGGUUCGUUGGCUGAAUCGUGCCCAGAACCAAUCAGUGCUCUGCGUGUGUGAGGCCACCACAGGGGCAUGCUCAGAGAAACACAAAAUGGCCAUGGACAUAAUGCAAAACCAGCGGCAGGACGUGCCGUUGUUUUCUGCAGACGGCUCUGUGUUUUAUACGAUCCUGCCAGCAAAACAGGGCGCUCGUGGAGAGUUUCACCACAUCGCCGGUCUGUCAGCCCAGCCUGCCAUCCCUUCUGUCCCUCCUCGCUUCUUGACAUCAGGGAUCUGGGACGUCACCCUGCUCUGCGCCCUAGACGAGAAGGCUGGAAAGAUUUAUUUCCUGAGCACAGAAGAAUCCAGACAAAGCAGACACCUCUACAGUGUGGACCUUGAUGGAGUGUUUCAGCGCCAGUGCAUCUCCUGUAACCUCAUAGAUGGGUGUCGCUUCUUUAAAGCUGAAUUCAGCCCCAAUCAAACCCACUUUAUCCUCUACUGCUUAGGCCCGGGAAUCCCUAAAGUGACACUUCACAGUACAAAGGACCCCUCCAGAUACGUUGUCUUGGAGGAUAACGACGCUCUGUCUAAGGCCCUGGAGGACAAGAGCCUCCCUGAGACUCUGUUCAGGACACUUCCAGCUGACAACCAUGAUCUGCACCUGAAAUUAUCUCUACCUCAGGGUUACGAGGCCAACCUGCACCCUCUCCUCAUCAUUGUAGACGGCCUUCCCGGCAGUCAGUCGGUGACGGAGGAAUUUGCCCUCGACUGGCCUCAUGUCCUCUCCAGCACGCACAAUGUGGCCUUGGCCUGGGUGGACGGCAGGAGUGGGGUGGGCCGUGGGCAGAAGACCACCGCUGUGGAUCCACGCAAGCUUGGCUCACUUAAAGUCAAAGAUCAUCUGGAUGUUGUAGAGUUGUUGAUGCAGCUGCCUUAUAUCGAUGAUCGUCGGAUGGCCCUCUAUGGCAAGGCAUUUGGUGGUUACUUGACUCUCAAGAUGUUAGCUGCAACAGAUAAGCUCUUCCAAUGCACCGCCGCUGUGGCGCCGAUAACUGACUUUAGGCUUUAUAGUGCUGCCUUCUCAGAGAGAUAUCUAGGCCUUCCAGCAAAGGAGGAACACGUUUACUCGACUGCCUCUUUGCUGGAGGAGGUUAACAAGCUGAAAGAUGAGAACUUCCUUAUAUUACAUGGAACUGCAGAUGCGAGGGUACACUUCCAGCACAGCGCUGAGCUCCUGAGCCGACUGGUGAAGGUGGAAGCCAACUACUCGCUGCAGCUGUACCCCGACGAGGGCCACGUCCUGAGAGAGCCGCGCAGCAUCCAGCACUUCCAGCGGACAGUGGUGAACUACCUCCAAAGCUGCUUGAAGCACAGCGUCCUCUUAGAUCCCGUAGAUGACGAAGAGGAGGAAGAUGACUGAGCCCAGAGUUCCCCUUCCCUUCUUCUGGAAGGACUCUUUUCAGACUGUAUGCCAUCUUACCUUGGGUCAGAUUACCAGGCACAAGAGCACAGGAGUGGGGACCAAACACAUCAGAUCACCUCCUACAACUUCUGGAAAAUUUGAUGUACUGUAUACCUUGUUGCACACAAUUAUUUCUGCUGUUAUACUGUAUGUUUUGAGGCCCUGUUUGUUUACAAAAUUCACAUGAGAUGAUGUGUUUUAGUAGGCUACUGAUUCUGCCAAAAGUUUACAAAGUUUAGACAUGCAUGUCGUAAUGGCUGCAUGAUGUGGAGUAGUUUACAUUGCAUUUUCUGUGUUUUGCAGGUCUAAAUCUCACCCAUCAGGGUUAAAAGUGCAAAAUCUGCCAACAGCUGGGAACACACUAGAAGACUUACAGUACCAGUCAAAACCAGUUUGGACACACCUUCCCAUCCACUUGAAUGAGAAGGUGUGGCCAAACCCUUUGACUUGUACUGUAAAUAAUCCUUGUUGAUGCUUCGAGAAGACUCAGCAUCAGUGUUACACUUUUAAUGGCUGCAUAAAAUGACUGAAGUUCCUUACAGGUUUCUGAAUAAACCAGCUCAGACUAUCACAUUCAGAUUUGUGCAGAUUCCAGUCAUACAAAUCAAGCAACUGGGACAACUCUGAUGUAAGAGAUUUGAAUCCUAAACUUUAAGAUAAAGCUGUCCAUCACAACCAGCCCUACUGGUCACAGGCCAGCCCUACUGGUCACAAGCCAGUACAUAAUCUCCACAAUCUUCAAGAUGUCAUUGUAAAUUAUUACAGGUAUUUUGUACAGUGUGUUCCCAGCUUAGAUAAAGUUAGAUGAAGCUAGUUAGAUUCUAAAUGUGCCAAAAACAUUUUGUGGACUUUAUCCACGUGUUUUAUUAGCGUUACUUGCAUUACUGUGAUUAAGAAUGAUUAUGCAACUGAGAUUAUUUACACCACAAGCUCCGAUUCAAGAAUGACUGCAACAACAAACAAGCAUAAAUUUCUGUCUAUGUACGUAGGUCUGUUUAUCAACUGUAUAUGUAAGAACGGUAUGUUUCUGUUUUGAUACAUCUCUGCAUUUGAAUCAUUUCUUGUACUGUAUAUUGCAGAAUUAAAUUUCACUGGACAAACUGUUGAGCAAUUGCUUUACAGUCCACAAAGGCCUGACCAUAAAACUAUCAACCAAACCAUAAUGGUGAGCUGCAUGCAGAUGUUUUGGAAAUGAAUGCCCUUGACUCUAAACAACAGGCUACUCCUUUUUUUCCA